GGCGGCAGUUGGCAGCGACACCGGACUGAAUAUCGCUGAAAGCUCCGUCGCGGCGAGCGAGUGCGCGCGCGCCAGUACCCCUCCGACCAGCGAUGCUGUGCUGUCUCCGGAAAUAGAUGUAGAUGUAGGAAUAUUCUCGUCCGUAGAUCGGUGGUUCCGGUGCGCGUGUGUGAGUGCAAAUGACUGAUAGCCCGACUUAGCCGGGCUGGAACUGUACAAAAUGUGGACCAAAAGGCAGUUAUGGAGGUUUAUGUUGUGCCUACUGUUCGCCGUGUCGGCGCUGGCCGCGGCAGCGAGAGCUGAUGACGUGCCGUCAGAGUCACAGUGCCGACCUUACAUCGAAAAAGCUCUUAAAGAGCUCGAAAGCGACACAGACACAGAUUCCUCAGAAAAACACGACGGUAGUGAAUUAAGUAUAGACAUCGAAACGAAAGAAGCAGAUUCAGCAGAAGAUAGUGGGGAAGCAGCAGAUGUGGACAGCAAGGAAGAUGGACCAUCGGUUGAAGUAGCUGACGAGCCAUACGUUGCUCAUGCUUCGAUAGAAGUGGAAGGUGGAGCCAACGACAACGAAUCGAAAGAAGAGGAAGCGACGGUACAGGAAGUGGACGCUGAGAGCGCAGAAGACAGCAAAGAAGGAGACAGCAAAGAAGAUGGAGAAGCAUCAGCUGAAGAACAGGCAGCCGAUUCAGAGAGCGGCGAAGACAAAGACGAGUCCAAACAACCUCAAGCCGACGAAUCUCAAGACAGCCAGGAAGAAGGUGGGGAAGGCGAAGACGCUGACAGCAAAGAAACUCAAGAAUCAGAAAAAGACUCUGAAGACGCUUCAGCCGAAGAAAAAACAUCAGACGGUGACGAUAACAAAUCUGAUGAAGCUGCAGACGCGUCUGAAGAAGGUGACAACUUUAAAGCCUCUGAAGAUGGCGAUCGAUCUCAAGAAAAGGCUGAAUCUGAAGAAGAUACGGCUGAAGAUAAGGAUGCUUCUAAGGAAGAUACUACAGCUGAGGACAAAGAUGAAUCCGCUGAACAAGGCGAUACGAAAGAAGAGGAUGCUUCUCAAGAAGAUGAUAAGUCAGGAGAAAAUGAAGAUGAUACAGCGGAAGAUCAGGACGAUGAAAGUCAGGCUGACGAACCAUCAAAAGACGAUGGCGAUGACGAUGAAACAGCUGAAGUUGAUGAUAAGUCAGGUGAAGAGGUAGAAUCUGUGGAGGCUGAAGAAGGUACCACAGAGGAUGACAAGGUGUCAGAGGAAGGUGGAAAAUCAAUAGAAGGAAAAGAAUCGGAAGAAGGUGACAAAGCAUCAGAAGAGACUGAACAAGCAGAUGACGAUGGAAAGGAUUCGACAGAAGAAUCAACGGAAGGAGAAACAGAAGAAGAAGCAGCUGAAGAAGAGUUGCUAAAUGUUCCUGAAAUCCCCGAGAAUUUAAGGUCGCGCGACCACAUUGCCCAAAUACUCAGAUUAGACGAAGAAGCAAGUGAAGCUGAAUUGACCAUAGAAAGAUCCGCUGAAAUUGUGCUAAGAGAUAUUAAAAGAUUGUACGAAAAUUCUAUUAAACCAUUAGAAACUCUUUACAAGUACAGAGAUUUGAGCAACAGACAUUUUGGUGACCCAGAAAUCUUUUCAAAGCCACUCGUUUUAUUUAUGGGACCAUGGAGUGGCGGAAAAUCUAGCAUUUUGAAUUACUUGACAGGACUCGAAUUUACCGAGUGGUCUCUGAGAACAGGUGCUGAGCCAUCUCCUGCAUACUUUAAUAUUCUGAUGCACGGAAAGGAUCCAGAAGUACUCGAUGGCACUCAGCUUGCCGCUGACUGGACUUUCUCAGGGCUUCAAAAGUUCGGCCAGGGUCUAGAAGAGCGUCUAAGGGGGCUCAGGCAUCCCAGCAAAAUAUUGGAAAAGGUGAACAUCGUAGAGAUCCCCGGUAUCCUGGAAGUCAGGAAACAAGUUUCUCGCGUAUUUCCCUUCAACGACGCUUGCCAGUGGUUCAUCGAUCGGGCCGACAUCAUCUUCCUCGUCUAUGAUCCUUCUAAGCUUGACGUUGGUCCAGAAACUGAAGCCAUCCUUGACCAGUUGAAGGGCAGGGAAUCUCAGACUCGAAUCGUGCUGAACAAGGCGGAUACCGUGAAGCCUGAAGAAUUAAUGCGCGUCCAGAGCGCAUUAAUUUGGAACAUCUCUCCCCUUAUGAGCUCCGCUCAACCUCCAGUGAUGUACACGGUAUCUCUGUGGUCGAUGCCGUUCGAGGCGGGGGCGCCCAUCAGGCUGCUGCAGGCACAGGAACGCGAGCUCCUGCGAGACCUGCGACAAGCCAUCGACAAACGCGUUGAAAACAAGAUCUCCAGCGCAAGAAGAUUUGCCGUUCGGGUGCGAAAUCACGCUAAGAUGGUCGACUGCUACUUAACAACGUAUUACAACCACAAGACGAUAUUCGGAAACAAGAAGCUUAUUGCCGACGCUAUCAUUGAAAAUCCACAGAACUACCACAUCUACGAGGGUCUCAGCACACUCACCAACAUUUCCAGAUACGACUUGCCGGACCCCGAGACAUACCGAGACUUCUUCCGCCUCAACCCGCUGUACGAGUUCCAGCAGCUGUCGGCGACGUGCACGUACUUCCGCGGCUGUCCCAUCAACAAGCUGGACGUCGCCAUCGCGUACGACCUCCCCGAGAUAGUCGGAAAAUACAAGAAGAUGGUGGAGACCUCCACGCCCCAGGGCAUGCCCAAGAGUUGAUACCGUCCCGAACGAACGAAAUCCGCGCACCGCGCCGUCCUAACCUGCUUUUUAUUUGAGAUAUUUAAAUUGGACAUUUAUUUUGGGCACAUUUUGCAUUUCUUUUUUAAACGGGCAUCAGGAUAAUUCGUUUUCUUAAAACGGCAUUUCUGAUUCUUAUUUAUAUUUUGCUUAUUCUGAAUUUGAACAAUCGCUUAUUCCUUUUUAUCAAAUGGAUGAGGUAUUGUGUCGUGUAACUUUUCUAUUAUGAGUUUCUUCUUGGGUUUAGCUAUUCAGCUUGAAAAUUCCCAGUAGUCCUUCUUGUGAACGGGCCCAAUUUACCUAUCUACCUACGCGAAAGGCUAAAAUAUCUGAACACUUCUCUUGCAGCAACAUGAGAUCAUAAAAAUUUAAAAAUAAUCUUUAGGUGAUCGAAUGGCCGAUUAAGCAACGUGUCUCAGUGGUCAGAUGUUUUUCUUAGACUCGCGUAUUCCCCCACUGAUUCUGUCUAGUAUCGGGGGUUUAUUUUAUAGCUGAUAACAUCUUACAAGACAAUUUCCAAAGUCCUAAUUAACACUUAUUAGGAACGAGUCGCAGAACUAUUAAAUUAAUCUAGUCAUUAUAUUAAAGUUUGUUAGAGAGAUAGGUAUUGUUAUUUAUUAUUUGAAGUGAAUUCCUACAAUCCUUAGAGGACUAAUCGUGUAUCAUUUUUGUUAUCGCCUGAUUAUUUCUUUGAUAAUUAUUUAAUGAAACACAAUGUGACUAUAUAAGAAAAAUUUAAUAAAAAUGUCAUAAAAACCGU